AUGGUGCAACAGUCUAUUAUAGAUCAACCAGAUGAUGUGUCUAUUGCUGAAAGUGGGAUAUUAAAAUGCUCAGAUAUGGAGGGCCGUUGGCCUGGGCCUGCGCGCAACACGGAUUCCUCCUGGACUCUUGGGCGCUGCUCUGAGCAGCAUCACCCUUUACACCAGAAAGCUGGCGGGCACCAUGGGGAAAAACAAAACAAGAAGAAAGUAGAGGAGGUACUAGAAGAAGAAGAAGAAGAAGAAGAGGAAUAUGUGGUGGAAAAAGUUCUCGAUUGUCCGGUCGUAAAGGGCAAAGUGGAGUCCCUCCUAAAGUGGAAGGGUUUCUCAGAUGAGGACAACACAUGGGAGCCAGAAGAGAACCUGGAUUGUCCCGACCUCAUUACUGAGUUUCUACAGUCGCAGAAAACAGCACACGAGACAGAUAAAUCAGAGGGAGGUGAGCGUAAAGCUGAUUCCGAUUCUGAAGAUAAGGGAGAAGAGAGCAAACCAAAGAAGAAAAAAGAGGAGUCUGGAAAGCCACGGGGCUUUGCCCGGGGUUUGGAGCCAAAGCGGAUUAUUGGAGCUACAGACUCCAAUGGAGAGCUCGUGUUCCUGAUGAAAUGGAAAAAUUCUGAUAAGGCUGACCUGGUACCUGCCAAGGAAGCCAAUGUCAAGUGCCCACAGGUUGUCAUAUCCUUCUAUGAGGAAAGGCUGACGUGGCAUUCCUACCCCUUGGAGGAUGAUGACAAAAAAGAUGACAAGAAUUAA